AUGAGGGAUUGCAUUGCCAGGCAGUUGUACAUGAUGGGACAGCUUGGACUUGGAGAGGAUUGGAAUCACAUCUCCACUCCUUGUCUUCUCAACUAUUCUCAGCUAGCUGAGGUCACACAGAUACACGCGGGGCACAGCUACAGUGCAGCCAUCACAGCAUGCGGAGAGCUGCUUCUCUGGGGUCAGAUCCCCUGUGUGUCCCGGGUCAGUGAUCCUCCAGGCCUCAAAAAUCUCUGGACCCCACAGCCUGUUCCACUGGCAGACACAAAGGUGUGUGAUGUGGCCUGUGGUACCUGGCAUAUGAUGGCCCUCACCACAACGAGCAGAGAGAAGAACAGAGAACGUGCUCACUCAGAAACUGAAGCUCGCUUCGGAGACCUUGUCAGCGAUCUUCUACCGACAGAGCAGCUAGAGAAAGAAAACACAGUGCAAGAUUCCAGGCAGGCUCAACACAAGCUGCUUCACGGUCCGGAGGGACCAGAGGGCUCUGAGGAGCAGGAGAACGAUGAAGAAAGUGAGAGUGCAGAGGAAGAAGAAAGACCAAACAAAGAUGAGGGAGAUGGAGCGUUACGCGAUUCAGCAUUUGCCAUUGCCAGGUCUUCAACGGGGAUGGACAGGAGAGGAAAUGGCCACUCAUCAAUCAAAUCCGACCAAAGGAAUAAGAGGGAGAGUUGCAGGACAGUAGGGCCCUGGGAGCUGAGCAGAAGAAGCACAGACAUAGUAUUCACCACUUUGCAUCUUUUACCCAGGUCAGAGGGAGAGCAAUGCAGGCCCUCUGCCAGCAGCUUACCAUGGCUACUGACAGGACAACAAGCUCACGGCCCAGUUUUAGCUGAAGCUCGAAAGGAGAGAUUUACACAUCUGACUGAAUUGGUACAAAAAUCUGGAAGUGACAGCAGCAUUUUGCAGAGUCCCAGUCUCACACCCAAACCCAGACCUCCUGGGAGACGUUCAGGUCCUGCGGGUCGGAACGUAGCCUCUUGUCACCGUUCAAGAAUUAGACCACACACUGGUGUCAGGUCUCCGAUGUACAAUUCUUCUCCCCUUCUGAGCCGUGGACAGCAAGUUCAGAUGUUAUGCCCUUCCUUCCACCCAGGACCACAAGUCAGAACCUCUCUUUCUCCACCUCCUUCCUCUUCUGAACUAUUGAGGUACUGUCCUACACACAGAAGAGCGGUGUCUUCCUUUGGCACCUCUCGGAAGGAUCUAUAAGAAUACACACAGUGGACUUAUAAAAUGUAUCUGAUGGUUUGAUGUUUGAAAUGUGUAUACUUACCCUUUUAUGUUAUAUGCACUAUUUAAAAUCAAAUAUGUUCACUCUAUUAUUUACUUAAUAAUGCUUUUCUGAAGACCACAUACAGAGCGUAAUACUUCUGGGUCCGAGGUGACUGACAAACAGCCUCUUUUGCUCAGUAAGAGCUAUCUUAAACAGACUCCAGAUCAGCAUUAAUGGGCUCACUUUACCCCACACUGUCAUUUGGCAAAUACACACAUCUUACAAACAAUCUCAAUGAACAGCACUCAUGAACCUUGACCUCAUCUGAAAGCAUUAGACUUUGGUCUUACAGUCAAAGCCGCGUGUAGGAGCUGCAGAGUCUUUGAAUCAGCACAUUUGAACAGAACGUACUACUGAGCCACAUUCAUUUUAAUACUUACAGUAUGUUGUUUAUUAAAGACAAAACGCCCUCUCAGAUCUUGGCCUCUUGUAAGACAUUUCACGGUGGAGUGUUUUCAUGGCUGCCUCUGCAGUAUGAGUCACAUGUGCAUGCUACUAUGGCUCUUUUGAGUUUGAAGAAAUGUAAUUCUUGCAGAGAUAAUGCUAACAGGUGAGGUUUGUCAGGUUAAAGUAGGGUUAUUACAGGAAACAGAACUUCCUUUGAGUCUGCUUUGCUUUGUUUUUUUAUGUUUCCUAGAGAAAGGUCCUUCGUUAGCCUUGCACUGUAUGCAAACUGUUUCUUCAUUGUGGGGCUCACAACCACAUGGUAAUUCCUCUUUCAUUAUAAGUGGUGCAUGUGAUGUUUUUUUCUCAAUAUCUACAGUACAUUUAACAAAAAUGACACUUGCAGCACUGUGUAACAUGUUGGGUUGGACACAUGGACUACAGAAAUGUAGUACAAUUAUUUACUAAUAUUUUUUAUAUUAAUAUUGCUUUUUAAUACCACUAGUAAUCUAGUUAUAACUAAUAUUUAAUCACUUUAACCAAUGAUUUAUAUGAUGAUAAAGUUUCAAACCCUGUAUGUGUAAGUUAUGAGUCAUGUUGAAAUAUUGAAUGGAUGUUAUUUCGGUUUGCUUUCAUCACCUAAAUUGUCUUUUCCCUUGAACAAAAAUACAUGUAGACAAUAAGGCUAUUUAUUACCUUGGUCCCAGUGUUUAAAGGUAAAAAAGGAUGCUGAAGUUGAUUUUGUGAACCUUAAAAAGAAUAUUGAAUUGCUGCUCCAGGAGAGUGAUGAGUAAAAAAAAAACAAAGUGCUUUUGAAAUGAGCCUUUGAUUUGCUUUCGUGAUUAAAACUCCCAACACUGACUAGAUACAGGCAUGCAAUACUGAUGGCAUUGAGACAUCCGCUCUCAUCUCACCCCGUCCUCUCCUGCACUCCCUAUGGUUUGUUUUGGUGUGUGUGAGUAAGUGUUGGUUGUGUGUAUCACGUCUUUGCCCUGCGAGACUCCUGCCAAUCGAUUCAAGGUGAGACCUGUCGAUUAAACACCCUGAGCCGUGCUCUCUACCUAACCCCAGGGUGAUUCAAUCCCACCCCUUACACACACAUGCACACACCCGUACACAAACACACGCACGCGCACACACCCACCUCACCUGUCAUCCAUCAAUAUCUCCAUCUGGGCCUCUAUUGAUCCCCUCCAUCCAGCCUCUUCACCCCAUGCAGUACAACAUCAGGGCCAAGACGCCGUCCACACAGGUUUAAUUUCUGACAGAUUUACAAUAAAGCUCAAGUUAUUAUUUAACUCUUCCGGCCGCAGUGUGCUCUUUGAUUUAGCACCCUGGGAGAGGAUGAGUUACAGCUGACACGGAGAAUCUGCCGGGGCUGGAAUGGUAGGCACCCGGUUCAUAACUCAGACGCCGAAUGUGUAGUUAGUCAAUCACUUGAUCUGUAAUCACAAAUGCUGCCAGAAAUUACAUGAGUGAUGAGCUGUAAU